UCUAAGGAGUUGCAGUUCCAACUUAGGUGCUCAGUUCCUACAUGGUUACUGGCUUCUCAGUUUUGAAGCAGCACCCUUCUCGGGGGUUUCCUUGAUACAGCUGUGGGCCUGGGUGCCCAUUGCCCCCCAUGCUACAGAGAUGGUUCUAGAGUUUGAGGAACCUCGAAGAGGCCCCAGAAGAUUCCUCCUGGGUUCUUUUCCCAUUAUUUUUCCAUCCUAUCAGCUAGAGAAAGGGUCAUUGCUAGAGAUCUACUGUUUAUUAAGUUAUUGGAUGGAACUCGUCCCCACCCUCCUGGAAGAGGAAAAGUUCCUCUCUACUGCUCUGGCUGACGCCAAACUGCGAGAGUGUGUCGGCAGUGAAGACAAGCGGGAUCUCGUGCUGCUGCUGGUGUCCCCGCUCCUUACACGGCUGCAUUUGCUUCACCUGCCUUAUGUGCAGAAGCCCUUUACUCCUGAUGUGGAACAGCUGUUCCUGGGGCCUCAAGGUCAGCGUUAUGGGCAGGUGGAGCCUAGCCAGGCAGAGAAGCUUUGUCAUCUGCAUGAUCGGAAGGUGAACCUCCAUAGAGCUGCCUGGGGCGAGUGCAUUGUUGCUCCCAAGUAUUUCCACUUUCCUCUUUGUCAGGGCAUCUGCCUGACCGUGAACAGUGAGUACCAGGAGACCAACUUCCAGUGCCACAAGAGAGAGGCCCCUACCUGUUCCGGGAUCUUCCAGGUCUGUGGUCCUAUCAAGGUCAGGAUUUUUUCCUUGAUGAUCCAGGAUGAUGAACACAAGAUGAGUGUGCACCAUAUGAACACAUCCUUGAUAGAAAAGUGUGGCUGCUUUUGAAACACCUGGACUCCUGCCACUCAAAUCUUGGACGCCCAUGAUGAGUUGGGGUUGUUUCUCACAACAUGAAAGUCUUUUGAAGGGCAGUGGGUUUGGAUUUAUUUCUCAAAAUAUAGUAAGAAGGAUGGAAUAAUAAAGGGAACCCUUCCUUGUAUGCUUGUACUCCAAUACUGUUCUCAUCCCUUUCACCACUAGGAGAGUUAAGGUCCAUUGUGUAUUUAAAUGUAUGAAUAUUGGUCUGGAUUGGGUGUUGGCCACAUUGGGGGUCACAUGGGUGGGGAAGAAACUGAUAAUAGAUGUGUCUACCCUUGCAGUCUACCCUUGCGGUCGGGGAAAAGUACUACUAGCGUUCAACAGGUCUCUGGUUUGGGAACUCUCAAGCUAUUAUCCUGGUCUUGCUCUUCUCUGUACCAGGGGCCUGGGGUUGGCUCAAAGCUGGUCUGGGUAUUGGAAUGUCAGUUCCUUCUCACCUAGUAUUCCCAGCCUCUUUGGAGAGAAUGAGGUCUUUAGUCAAUGGAGUACCAGGUCCUGGCUGGCCAUGGGCGUGGGUCACAGGCUUUAGAUGAGGACCCCAGACAACAAGGCACAGAUAACUGGAGACUGGCUUUUGGAAACAGGGGCCUUUGGCCUCAAGGAAAAGCUAAUUCUCUCAUUUAAGCAAGUUUCUGCCUAGUGACUGGCUUACUAAGUUAAUAUGGUAUUUAAUUAUAGUACAAGUGUGUGGGUCUCUUGUGUUAGAAAUAUACUUCUUACUACCUGUAUAUCUGAAUCAGUAUAAAUGAAUGUACACUUGGUCUUAAAUCUUACUGUUAAGAUUUAAGAGAAAAGAAAGCA